AUGUGUGAGGGAGUAAAUGAGUAUGACUUCUUGCGAGUUGUGUUUCAAUGGCAGCCAGCCACUUGUGGUGUUGCGACGAAGCCUUAUCCUUAUUGCUAUCAAACCCCACAAAAUAGAUUCGGCUUAGACUAUACAAUGGCCAAACCCAAUGUUCAGGCUAGUUCAUCCCAAGUCAACUUGCUCUUCUAUCCCAAGGCACAUUUCGUUCAAACAUCCAAACAACUCACACGAGCACGAGCACAUAUCACACUUGUUCUAUUCAAAGGUAGGGAAAACUACAAGGUUAAGGUUCUAGAACCCAGACUGAAUGAAAUGUGGGGAAACGUCAUCACAGGAGACAACCAAUGGCUAUGGAAACCUGAAUGGGAUAAGCAUGGAACUUGCAUAGAAGACAUUUUAUUUGAUCAAUCAGGAUAUUUUGAAUAUACAAUGAACACACUCUAUUAUUUCAAUCCUGAGGAGAUUCUAAAGAACGGUGGAAUUUGGCCUACCCAAGAAGGAUACUACACAUUGGAUGAAAUUAAGAGUGUAAUCAAAGCAAGAACUGGAAAAUUACCAGCCGUUGGAUGCAAUUAUAAUCAUUGGACUUCAUAUCAACAAUUGCAUGAAAUAAGCUAUUGCGUCACUAAAGAAGGUCAGACUUUUGUGGAUUGCCCCUCCAAUGCCAACAAAUGCAAUGGUCAUUCCGCCAUGUGGUAUCCCCCUCCCUACUAG